CCCUAUUCAUGAAUCAAAGAGCCAGCCCUCUGGUUCCAUGUUUCUCCUAUGAAACUUCCCUUCCGCUCUUCUCUCCCUCUAUAUAUUGAUAUCUCACCCCCACCCUCCCUCACCGGAUAAGCAUGAGUUCAGUGAAUCUUGGCGCGUGGGCUCGCCCCAGUUCGAUGUUCACCCAAGUGAGCAGAUCCAGAUCCCCAACUUUUCAUCUCUUCCAUGGUCUCAGAAAAUUACCCAUUUUCUCCCUCCCUCCCAAGCCACCAAGCCAUGGAGUCUCUCCCUCUUUCUCCUCUCUUUCAGUCGCUGCGGUUCUCACCAAGGAAAACGCCGUCAAGGAUUCUGAGGAGGAGAAACCCGGUUUCAAUUUCAACGCCUACAUGCUUGACAAGGCUAAUAAAGUGAACCAAGCCUUGGAUGCUGCUGUUGCCAUGCGCGAACCCGAGAAGAUUCACGAGGCCAUGAGGUACUCGCUUCUCGCCGGCGGCAAGCGCGUGCGCCCAAUGCUCUGUAUCGCCGCAUGCGAACUUGUCGGCGGCCACGAAUCAACGGCCAUGCCCUCGGCUUGCGCCGUCGAGAUGAUUCAUACUAUGUCGCUAAUUCACGACGAUUUGCCCUGUAUGGAUAACGAUGAUCUGCGGCGAGGAAAACCGACAAAUCACAAGGUCUUCGGGGAGGACGUCGCGGUUUUGGCCGGCGAUGCUCUUCUGUCUUUCGCGUUUGAGCACGUGGCCGUUGCAACCGUGGGCGUUGCGCCGGCUCGGGUAGUUCGGGCGGUUGGGGAGUUAGCCAAGUCGAUUGGCGCCGAAGGACUGGUCGCUGGGCAAGUUGUGGAUAUAGCUUCGGAGGGAUUAUCCGAUGUGGGCUUGGAGAAGCUAGAAUUCAUUCAUAUUCACAAAACGGCGGCGUUGCUGGAAGCCGCGGUUGUGCUGGGAGCCGUCGUGGGAGGUGGGUCGGAGGAAGAGAUUGAGAAGUUGAGGAAGUUCGCGAGGUACAUUGGAUUGCUGUUUCAGGUUGUCGAUGACAUUCUCGACGUUACGAAAUCAUCGGAGGAAUUGGGCAAAACAGCAGGAAAAGACUUGGUGGCUGAUAAGGUCACUUAUCCUAAGCUCCUUGGGAUCGAGAAAUCGAGGGAGUUCGCUGAGAAAUUGAUCAAAGAUGCGCAGGAUCAGCUCUCUGGGUUUGAUCCGGAGAAGGCCGCCCCAUUGAUUGCUUUGACCAAUUACAUUGCUUACCGUCAAAAUUAGGUUGCUCAAUUUAUUUGUUUAGUUUUGGAUGAUUGCAGUUUCUGAAAUCAUGGCUUAUACAUAAGCUGUCACUCAUGUAACAGGGGAUGCCUCCAAAUACUCUCCUUUUCUCCUCCGUGCCUCAAUCUUAUACAAUAUAGUUUUGAUGCUCCAUCCUGUCUGCAAUAAUAUUUCCUCCUUUCAAAGUUA